GAGAGAGCGCACUUUGGACCAAUUCCUCGCGACGUCUAACUCGAAUAAACCCAGGGGUACUCGGCGUGAUUACUUCAGUGCUACUUCGGCCACGCACCGCGGCACACUCACUCAAACAACUCUCUUCCAUUCCACCAACGGGACCUCUUUCACUCUCUCUUCGAGCCCUAUUUUGAUCUCUUAGCUCCCCCUACCUUCGUGUUCGAUCCGUCCUCUCGACCAGAUAAACGGCCCGUAACGGACGGGUAAUCAGGGUUCACCGUAUAACGAAGGACGCGUUCUCGGGCCAAAACAAGGAGGCUAAACGAGACACGGAACCAGAGAGAGCUCGCGUGCGAAAAAGGAAUCACGAGAGAAGCGUAUUCGCGUGGCGCUCGACGAUAGAGAGACUACUAGCCAACGGAUCCGAUCGAGGUUUUCCUUCGACUUCGGUUUCGCGUGCACGUGAUCGCACGUGAUUACGUAUACGACUAGUUGAUGAUAGCAGGCGCUGCCGAGCCGGUGGCCGUGUUCGCCGUAGACGCGAGAGAAAGAGGAGAGACACCGCUCGUGUUGAGUCGCGCGACGUUAACGUUCGCGGUGUGGCUCUGGUUUUUUGCACGGAACAGCUGAUCUGAAAACGUCAAAAUGUCUACAGAACCGGGUAGCUUCACCUCCAACGGGAGCAUGAUCGUCGUGAGCAACAGGUUGCCGUUCGUGUUGAAGAGGAAUGAGUUGACCGGAAAGCUGGAACGCAAGGCCAGCGCUGGUGGCCUUGUGACUGCUGUUGCACCGGUGGUUAUCAGCGGAAAUGGAGUCUGGGUCGGAUGGCCAGGAAUGCACAUGGAAAAUCCUGAUGAGCCAAUUCCUGAAUCUGAUCCUAACGAUCGCACACCGACAGCUGGUCUUCUAUCUCGUAAGGUUGUGGCAGUGCACGUCGAGCCGACUGUCUUCGACUCGUACUACAAUGGAUGUUGCAAUGGGACAUUUUGGCCGCUGUUCCACUCUAUGCCCGAUCGUGCGACAUUUAUCGCGGACCAUUGGCGUGCAUAUUCCUCCGUUAACGAGAAAUUCGCUGCCAAAACGGUUGGAGCUCUCGAACAGAUCCACAAGGAACAAGCAAAUCAAUCGAAUGGCACUCCGUUGGUUUGGAUACACGACUAUCAUUUAAUGUUAGCCGCGAACUGGAUUCGACAAGCAGCAGAUGAGAAACAAUUGAAGUUAAAGUUAGGGUUCUUCCUUCAUAUUCCUUUCCCUCCAUGGGACAUAUUCAGACUGUUCCCUUGGGCCGAUGAGAUUCUUCAGGGUAUGCUCGGGUGCGAUAUGGUCGGAUUCCACAUUCAGGACUACUGCCUAAACUUCGUUGACUGUUGUCAAAGGUGUCUAGGUUGCAGAGUGGAUCGUAAGAAUCUGUUAGUGGAACACGGUGGAAGAACCGUGCGCGUACGACCGCUUCCCAUUGGUAUUCCGUUCGACAGAUUCGUCUCGCUGGCCGAGACUGCCAACAAGGUCAUGUCGACUAAUCAGAAAAUCGUGUUGGGCGUUGAUCGGCUCGACUACACUAAAGGUUUGGUCCACAGACUGAAAGCAUUCGAGAUGUUGCUGGAAAAACACCCGCAGCAUCGCGAACAGGUCACCAUGCUGCAAAUUGCUGUACCGUCGCGAACAGACGUGCGCGAAUAUCAGGACCUGAAGCUGGAAAUGGAUCAACUGAUCGGUCGCAUAAACGGUCGGUUCACAACGCCUAAUUGGUCUCCUAUUCGCUACAUUUACGGUUGCGUAAGUCAGGAUGAGUUGGCAGCGUUCUACAGGGAUGCUGCGGUUGCUCUCGUUACACCCCUCAGGGACGGAAUGAACCUGGUGGCUAAAGAGUUUGUUGCGUGUCAAAUUAACACUCCACCAGGCGUACUGAUAGUUUCACCAUUCGCUGGAGCCGGAGAAAUGAUGCACGAAGCAUUGAUCUGCAAUCCUUACGAAAUUGAUGAAGCUGCAGAGGUUAUUCACAGAGCGCUUACUAUGCCGGAAGACGAACGCACGUUAAGAAUGAAUCAUCUAAGACGCCGCGAAAGAAUUUACGAUGUCAAUUACUGGAUGAAAUCCUUCCUGCAAGUGAUGGGUUCUCUCGAAGAACACGACUCUGUAGGGGCUACGACAAUGCAACCGGUGACCAUGGAUGACUUUGACGAUUAUUUGAGCAAGUACAUCGGCGACAACCAUAAGCUGGCUCUGUUGUUGGAUUACGAUGGUACUCUGGCACCCAUCGCAACGCAUCCAGAUCUGGCUAUCUUACCUUUGGAGACGAAGAACGUUUUGCAAAGGUUGUCCAACAUGUCGGAUGUGUACAUUGCAAUCAUAUCUGGUAGAAACGUGAACAACGUCAAGUCCAUGGUUGGCAUAGAGGGUAUCACGUACGCAGGAAACCAUGGAUUAGAAAUUCUCCAUCCAGACGGUAGCAAGUUCGUUCAUCCAAUGCCAGCUGAACUGGAGGAAAAGGUGGCGAAUUUGAUGCAAGCCCUGCAAGAUCAGCUUUGCAGGGAUGGCGCCUGGGUGGAGAACAAGGGUGCAUUGUUGACGUUCCACUAUCGUGAAACACCGGUGGACGCUCGUACUCAGAUGGUCGAGCAAGCAAAGAAAAUCAUCGCAGACGCAGGUUUCAAGCCCUGUCCAGCACACUGCGCCAUCGAGGCGAAACCACCGGUCGAAUGGAACAAAGGACGUGCUUCCAUUUACAUUCUGCGCACAGCUUUCGGUUUGGAUUGGAGCGAACGUAUCAGGAUUAUUUAUGCUGGUGACGAUGUCACAGACGAAGAUGCAAUGAAGGCGCUGAAAGGUAUGGCUGCUACCUUCCGCGUGGCGUCUUCGCACAUAAUUCGUACAUCAGCGGAACGACGUUUACCGAGCACCGAUUCUGUGCUGACAAUGCUGAAAUGGGUUGAAAGGCAUUUGAGUAAACGCAAGCCUCGCAACAGCACCGACAUCCCAUCCAGGUUCCGUCGCAGUAGCGCCGGCAUCACCAUGGAAAUGUCGUAUAUGCCAUCGAAUGCAACGCUAGAAUCCUAGGUAACGCCGUGACACUCUUCGUUACCGUACCGACUGUGUCUCUCACAAACAAGAAAUAUUAUUUGUAUGUCACAGACUUAACGAUGUACUCGUAGUAGAGUAAAAGCAUGCAAGCGAGAGAGAAGAAUAAAAAGAAACAAAAGCAAAAGGGAAUCUCGUGGUGAAUAGGUAAACAAAGUCGUCAUUCGAAAUUCUAUAUCCAACACAGAGACGGCGAAAAUUGUUAUGGAAAAAAUAAAAGGAAAGAUUAAGCGUCGAUAGUUCUUCGUAGAACUAUGCGUAUUCGAAAGCUUCAUUUUCGAGAAUGUAACUUCGAUCUCUGCGUAUAAUGAUGAGCGGGAUUAUUGCGAGUAGACUUUGGUAGGAAAAAAAGCCAAAUGGAAGAACUGAUCUUUUUCAUGUGAAAUUAAAAUCAUCCUUUAUCAACUGUUCAACUUUUAAUAGAUGUAAUCUCCGGUAACCAGUUCGAUGGCUUUAGCCUACACAAAAACACACUUAAACGAAAAAAAAAAUAAUAAAAAUGAAUAUUACAUGUGUGAUCGCUAAAUCUCCGUUACGAGCAUCAAGUGUGUGAAUAUUUUUUCCUUUCUUUUUUUUUAUUUCAUGUCCAGUAGCGAGCACGGCAGGCUUCCCUAAGGAGAAUGGCGAUGUAGAGACAGGACCCAUCACUUGGUAAAUUUUCAAAUUUAAAGUGUCAAAUUUAUAAAUCACCCCAAAAUUGAUGGCAAAUGAUGGGAGGGUCUUACUACAUUAGUCACUCAAAGGAAGCCUACAUUGCAUCCGUGUGAACAUGAUUGUUGAGCUUUCGAUAAGAUGCGUUUUAUUGAAAGCCGUACUAGGUACUUAGCUAUGUAUAGUUUUUAGGUUCGUGUCGCUCAAAACAGCAGAAGUUGAUGUAUACGUGUUGCAGUAACUUAUCCAAAUUUUUUUAUUCGAAUAUUCUUGGUAUUUCCAAGGAAAUUGUAUUGAUAAAAAUCCGCUCAGCGUGUUCAAAAAUGUUCAAUUUGUAUCUAAAAUAAAUUUCCUCAACUAUUGAACAGCGGAACUGGGUCUUGACUCCAUGAAUAAUUUGAUUAUAAAUUUGUUUUCGUUUUGUAUAUUUGAUACUUCAGAUAUUACGUUUUCAAUGUCUGAAUGUAUUUCAUAAUUUUUUAAAUUUUCGUAUCUAAUUUUUGUGUCAUUGACCCAGUUACCGCUAUUCAAGAAACGUCUGCGUAGAAAGUUUGAACAAUUCUGCGAUAUUCGCUUUUCAUUCAGGUGGUUAUUUCUAUCUGUAUCCUUGAAAUUGCGUCGCAUACAUUCGUUAUGAUCAUUAAGGAUUUCAUCCGAAACAGAAUCAUACAACCCUUUUAUUUUUUCUUUAUAAAAAUCCUAUUUUCUUCUCGUAUUUUUGGAAUAUGUACAUGUACUUUUUUAUAACAAUUUUCAGCAAAUGAAGUUUGCAAGUUAUUUCGUUUACAUUGUGCGGUUGAUAACGAAAGUGGAUGAAGAAUAGAUUAUACUUAAAGUUGAAUGCACCUUGUCAUGUAACAUAGCGUUGAUUGAGGCGAAACCUUAAACUCAACGAGUAGUGGAUUUAUAUAGCGUUUUUCUUUAUUAUGUUUUAAACUGUCAGCUGAUGGAACUGUCAUGUAAAGUACAGUGCCAAUUAGAACUCCAGUACUCGAUAACAGUAAUAAAUUAUUAAUAAACGACGAUGAUUUAGCGAUAAGAUACUCGAGAAAAUGUACACGAACAAUGUACACAUACAUUUUACACGUGUAAACGCACACACAGGCAAUACGAACACAUCUCGUCUAUACACGUCGAACAUAUUGUUGUUAUCGGUUCAGAUUAAAACACAUUUGUACCAAACGAUACAGAUCUGGAAGAAGAAGAUAUCGAAACAAACAUGGACAAAUUUUACACGUUUUCUAAAUAGAGUAAGUUGUUUAAGAAUUUAUUGUUCAAUGUGUUUAUUCCGUGCGGAAUGAAGUCGAGUUAAGGGGCUACAUAAGUAUUUUAAAUUUAUUCCUUCUGGUUUGAAUUUAUAAUUCAAGUCUUUUGCAAUUUUUAUAGUUCCUGAUGAGGCUGUAAUAUGUAUCUUAAAGACAUGUCAAAAAACUUAAUGCAAUACUAUAAUUCAAAAUUUACAUAUCUUAUCACAUUGAAAGUAUGAAACUCACAGAAAUGUGAAGACAUUUAGAUGUAAAUUUUAGAAGUAAAAAAUAAUAUUAUAGGUUAUGUUUAAUACUUUAUUUAAAAAUUUGUUAAAUUUAAAAAAAUGAUCAAAUUAGUGGAAUAGAUUUCUACCAUAUCAGUUAAGAGUUAAGUUUGCAAGCUUUCAAAAAGCUGAUAUGUAACCCCUUAAACAGACACAAAGAACAGUCGUUCACUCGUUGUAAUACCAUCUUCAAGCAAAGUUCCAAUUUUUCUUGAUUGCCCACCGAAAGUUGCAACGGUGAUGAAACUCUUCAGCAUUUAAUCAGUUCGACGUGUCAUUUCACGUGAAGUAACUGAAGAUUCGAAUUUUCCUUUAACGAUAAGGAAUUUCACAACGAGUGCCAUUUAUGAUUAUUUCGAAGUCCGUGCAUGAUUUUCUUUUCAACAAACUUUUAUUCUCGUGCACGGGAACAAACGAUGAAUUUUUCUACGAAUUAUUGUCUACGUACUAGAUGAAACUAAGUUCAUGUUUCACUUAUGGAUGAGCAACAGACUUUUGUGUAUAAGUAAAAUUAAGAAAAAAAAAUAAAAAAAAAGAACUUUGUUACGCGUUUUACAGUGCCUCCACAUAGAUAGGGAUCUUCACACGGGUCGGAUGUAGUCCUUUUUUGAUCGAUAAAGGGAAAACGGCAUGAUCGCUAUGGCUAGAAAACUGAGAGGUUUCUUCACAUAGAAACACACGUACAUACACUUUGAUCAUUAGAUUUCUUCCAGACUUCAUUAUCCGAAUAUGCCUCAAGUUCAUACACAUUUUAUUCCAUCAGGCAACUCAAUCGUGAAAUGUAUAACUAUAUGAAGACCAUAUUUAAAAAGUUACACGGAUCGAGAGUUUGUUACAAUAUACAUGUAUUUUUAUAUAUAUAUCAUAUGAACUUCAGCGGAGGAUAUCGAGCAAAAAAAGAAACUGAAGAGACAAACAGAUAAUGAAGAUGUUAAAAUGAUUCUAAUUACUUAGUGACCUGAUUGUGCCCCUAACAGCUGUUUUUACGAUUGUACUUAUAAUUAUAUAAAUAUGUAUGUAUACACGUAUACAUAUGUAUAACAUUGCUAGAAAAAAAGAAGCAGGUCAUAGCAAUUCGACAUGUUUAUGGGUUUUUCGUCCCUCUUUUUUUUUAUUCGAAUAUAUCAUCAAAUUUUUAUUGCUGAUUAAA